AUGGAAAACGAUCAAAAAGAAUUGGACGAGGGUGUUAAGGCAUUUUAUUGGGCUAAGAGAAUGUCUCGGUGCAUUGGAUUGUGGCCAGCGACUCCAAAUUAUUAUUGGUUUAAUAUAUGUAUAUUUUAUCUUACUAUUUUUGUGUCUCUGCAAUUACUACAUCUCUAUAACUCAGUUUAUGAUUUUGAUAAAGUGAUUGACGAUUUUACGGAAAACUUGGCCUCAACGCAUAUGUAUACGCGUAUUCUAAUGCUUCGGGUGCAUAAUUAUAAAAUUGGUGAAAUGAUAACGCAGGCAAUGAAAGAAUAUAAUACAAAUGCUUUUAAAAAUUCAGAUGAAAUUAAAGUUUUUAUGAAAUUUAUCAACAAAGGUAAAUUUUUAAUAAAAGGAUUAAUUAUUUUUAUUAUGUCAACUGAAAUUUCUUGGUUUUUGAAACCUUUAACUACACCCUCAUCAUCUGAUGAUUUAAUGAUCAAUAAUAAUAAAACAUUACCGCAAUUUAUUUUGCCUUUUCAUGUUUCCCUAUUUUAUGAAGUUAAUAGUUUGAAACGUUAUAUAUUAACUUAUUUAUCAUUAAUGCCGAUGGUUUAUGUCACUGGGAUCGGACAUUCGGCGGUUGAUUGUAUUUUAGUUUUACUAGUAUUCUAUAUCAGCGGAAAGCUGUCUGUAUUGACAACGAGGAUCAAUGCACUGAAAAAUAACCACUACGACUGUAGGAAAGAACUUAGAGAAAUAAUCGCUGAGCACAGUCGAUUACUAAAAAUGGGAGAUGAAGUUAAAGACGUUUAUAGCACGGGAUUGUUGGUGUAUCUAGUGAAUGGUAAUUUAUUGAUAUGCAUUAUUGGCUAUCAGAUUUUGAUAAAUUAUAUGACGGGCCCUAACUCGGAUUUGUUGCAAUAUUUUGUUUAUAUAGGUGCAACUUAUUUUAUGAUUUCUAUUUUUUGUAUUAUUAGCGAGCAUUUAACUGCUGAGAGCAACAAAGUUUGCGAAGCAUAUUGGAAUUGUGAGUGGUACAAUAUGCCGCAAGAUUGUGUCAAAGAUAUUAUUUAUUGUAUUCUACGAUCGCAAAGGCCGUUGGCUCUGCAAGCUGGUAAAUUUUCGACAUUCAGCAGCGUUACUUUAACAGACGUCACUAAAACCGCAUUGAGUUAUCUUUCAGUUCUUCGAAAUUUUUUAAUUGCUGAAUAA